AUGGACAGCUUAGCUAAGGAACUUGCUGGACAAAAGCUGCGUGUGCCAGACCUCCGUUCAAAGUUCAAGUCAUGGCCACAGGGCGUCAAUGCUCGCUUGGGAGACCUCAGGGUUGAAGUGGACAGGAUGAUUCAAGGCGUUACCGAUGAUUUGGAGAUGCUAGACAAUGCGGAAAGAAGCGACAUGGGGCAUUUGGCUGCCUUGUGGUAUCCCAACGCAGAGUGGACAAAGCUAAACGUAGCAGCCGCGUACCUCGCUUGGGUGUUUAUCUGGGACGACGAAAUCGACCUUGGUGUGACAGCCACAGCCAAGGACCAGAACCUCGGACGGGAAUACUGCGAGAAAUCACUCAAGUACAUCAAGGGAAAUAUGGGCUUAGGCAACAGCUUGCCCAGGAGCCACCCCUAUCGGUACAUGCAGAUAUUCGAAAAGUUUGGCGAUGGACUGCGCACAACGGAUAAAGCCGAACGUCUGCGAACCUACAAGGGUCUGAAAAGCUACAUAACCCAAGUUGGGGUAGAGCACGACCGGCAGCUAGCCAAGGUACUACCAACCCCGAAGGAGUACCAUGCCAUGAGGAUGGGAACGGCUGGUGUAGCUCCUGUCGCUGGAUGUGCCGAGUAUAUGAACGGCGUCAGGCUGCCCGACUGGGUACGAAACUCGGCGGAGCUCAAGAUCCUCGGCCGGGAGUCAACGUUGUUGUGUUUAAUUAUUAACGAUUUGUACUCUGCUCCCAAGGAAAUCAAAUGCAACACGUUCCAGAAUUAUGUGGUUGUUCUUCUGAAUGAGAGCAAGACUAGAAGCCUUGAUGGGGCUGUCAACCGGCUCCUGGAGAUGCUGGACGACUCGAUGAAGUCGUUUGAGAAGGCUGCCGAAGGACUGAAGCGAAAAGCACAACAUGAUGAGGUGCUGCUCAAGGAUUUGACGGCAGUUAUUGACAGUCAUUGCCACUUUGUUACGGGCCUCAUUGAAUGGACUCUCACUUCUUCGAGGUACAAGAUGGAUCGGUACCUCCAGCGCGAUGGAUCUGUCAUCAUUCCCUUGGGGACUGAACAGGCUGGACUUGGUUUGCAGUAUGUUUGGGGGCUGGUGCGGCCGUUUUUGUCAAAGAUUUAUUUCAGGUAA